UCAAAAUGCGGUCAGCCACCGGAUUUAUAUUUGCUCUAUAUGGCAUAUUCUUGCUGCUCUUGGUCAGUAGUGUUGCAGCUGAAAACGUCAAUGGAGAAGCGUUAGAGCCAAGUUCCCUAACACUUUGGCAACGAAUUGUGAGCAGCGUGAAGGAUUAUCCCUGGCAAUCUGAUCAAAAGGAGAAGGAGACCCCUGAAGUUGCUCAUCGAAGAAGCAUUGUGUGGCAGAGGCUUACUAUGGCCACGGUUCUUUAACAAAUAUGUUAAACUUCUGAAAUCCUGAAUUUUUUUGUAAUAUUUGUUCUGUAUAAUUAACAUAAUAUUAAAAUGGU